ACGAUCAGCAGAGAGGACUCUUAACAUGGUAGGAGUGGAGCUUCUUCUUUAGGUGAUCUUUGGUUGCUGCUGAGGUACGGCCAGGAUUUCACGUGAGAAGGCCAGAAAAUGAACAGUUCAGAGGAGAAUAAAGAGAAGACCGAGCCGCACAACGUGAAAGACGAGUUAUUGGCAGCAGGAAAAUGGGUGAAGCUGGAGAAAACGACUUACGUGGAUCCUGCUGGAAACACCAGGUUCUGGGAGACUGCAAGUAGGACUACGAGGAAAGGAGACACAGCAGCAGACGGUGUGGGAAUCAUCGCACUCCUGAAGCGAACGCUGCAUAAAGACUGUGUGGUGAUGGUGAAGCAGUACCGUCCACCCAUGGGAUGCCACACUCUGGAGUUUCCUGCAGGGUUGAUCGAUGACGGAGAGACCGCAGAGGUGGCAGCCUUGAGAGAGUUGAAGGAAGAAACUGGCUACAAGGGAGAAGUGGUGGGCGUCACCCCAGUGACCUGUCUCGACCCAGGUCUGUCGAACUGCACUACACAGAUUGUUAUGGUGAAUAUCAACGGCGAUGAACUGGAAAAUAUCAACCCAACUCAACAACUGGGCGAUGGAGGUGAGUGCUUAUCUGUCUUCAGUAAAAUUCAAUCUCACAUUCACACAUAAGAAUCUUACAAGCCUCACUGUCUCCCAGAAUUCGUAGAGGUCAUCCUCUUACCUCUCAAUGAGUUCCAGGCAAAAAUAGAUGAACUGCUGAAGAAAGAGAAAAUCGUGGUGGAUGCUAAAGUUUACAUCUUUGCCAUGGGCAUGGUACAGGCUUUCUUCAAACCCAGGGAGCUUCCUGUGCUCAAGCAGUGAUCCUCAGAGGGCAGGAGCUUUCUACAGUGUCGCAAUGGGAUUUUUAACCCAAACUAACCACAUUCUAAACUUGCUUCAGCGAAAUCAUUUAAAUCUCAAUGUGAUGAUCAGGCAUCUGGUGUGCGGGUGAAAUUCUUCAGCCCACUGGGGACGCUGUGUUUUUUUAAAUAAAGAGAGCAGAAUGGAAUUUGCACGUUUAACCCAGAAUAUUUGCUGCCUUAACAUGUACCAGUUUUGGGGUAUAGUAUGGGGAGGAAGGGGGUUUAUAAGAUUACAUGCUGUAGUGGUGCACUCAUCAAGUGACAGAAAUACAUUCCUUCAUCUUAGCUAACUUUUACUAAUGUAAUGUAACUUCAAUAGAUUCUUUUUAAAUGAUUUGUAACAGGUUUUAGAAGCAACUUAUUGAUCAGGUCUUUUUUUAUUUUUACAGUGGAGAAGUUUCUGCUUGUAGGUAAACAGAAAUGUUAAUGCCGCCUUUUUUUGUGGGUCAACGGUUAGUAAUGAUGAAUUAUAAUCUCUGUUACUGGGAAAACAAUAAAGUCAU